ACACAGAUUCCGAAGAAAAAAUUAUUGUUUAGCUUGUUUUUCGUGAUUACAGAUUUAGAGUCGAUAAACAUUUCAAAAAGUCAGCGGCUACGCUGGCUAGCACAAGCGGUCAGUCAACCCGAGCGCCGCCCAGAGCUUGAAUCCGAGUCGAGCGCCGAUCCGCCCGAUCUGUAUGAUGCUGUAGCAGCAGAGAUCGUCAACGGAUUCUAGAUCAUCUCUCGUAAAAAUAAAUUUGUCAUAUUUCUUUCACGUUCCUUUUCCCGUCUGCUGCCACUGCUGCCGACACGGCCACACAUCUGUAGUUCAUCUUUGUGGCAAGUGUAUUUCAUCUGGGAUAUCAGCAAAAGGAAAGGCGGACCAUAUUUUUGGCACGAAGAGGGCGAGCCCGAUCGCAAUACGUUACGAGAGAGUGCGCGGACUUUUUAUCGUAACAAUAAUACAUUCGCAGUGGCUGUGCACAGGCUUAUCUACCUUCACCGUCCGAGCCUUAUUGUAAAAUUGGCGAUAAUAACGUUUGGAUUAUAAUACCUACUCCAAUCCGGAUCAAUCCAAGGGCGACAAGAUGAUGUACCAGGGCAACGGGAAUAAUGGGCCCAACAAUUAUGAUGAGUAUAUGCAGCAGGAGGAGGAAUGGGAACGCGAGGGAUUGCUCGAUCCAGCCUGGGAGAAGCAGCAGCGCAAGACUUUCACUGCUUGGUGUAAUUCCCAUCUGCGCAAGGCCGGAACCCAGAUUGACAACAUUGAAGAGGACUUCCAAAAUGGAUUAAAGUUGAUGUUGUUGCUGGAAAUUCUUUCCGGUGAGCAGCUCCCCAAGCCCGACCGCGGCAAGAUGAGAUUCCACAAAAUUGCCAACGUGAACAAGGCAUUGGAUUUCAUUGCCAGCAAAGGCGUGCGCUUGGUGUCCAUCGGUGCCGAAGAGAUCGUGGAUGGUAACGUCAAGAUGACGCUGGGUAUGAUCUGGACGAUUAUUCUGCGAUUUGCCAUCCAAGAUAUUUCCGUUGACGAAAUGACCGCCAAGGAUGGCUUGCUUUUAUGGUGCCAGAGAAAAACUGCUCCCUACAAGAACGUCAAUGUUCAGAAUUUCCACAUCAGCUGGAAAGAUGGUCUGGCGUUUUGCGCUCUUAUUCACCGCCAUCGUCCUGAUUUGAUUGAUUAUAACAAACUAUCCAAAGCUAAUCCACUGCAGAAUCUGAAUCUGGCCUUUGAUAUCGCCGAGAAAUAUCUGGAUAUACCGCGCAUGUUGGAUGCUGAAGAUAUGGUUGACAUGCCGAAGCCGGACGAGCGAGCAGUCAUGACAUAUGUGUCCUGCUUUUAUCAUGCGUUCGCCAACCAAAAUCAGGCUGAAUCCGCAGCUCAACGUAUUGGACGGGCUCUGAAAGGCCGCCAAGGCAAUGAAGAUUUGGAAAAUGAAUACGACCGCCUGGCUAGUGAUCUCUUAGGAUGGAUUCAACGGACAACACCGUGGUUGGAAAACCGCACCACGGACAACACACUGCCCGGUGUCCGCAAGAAGCUGGAUGAAUUUCGCACCUAUCGCACACAGCACAAGCCACCGCGUGUUUCGCAGAAGGGCGAACUGGAGACGGCAUUUAACACACUGCAGACCAAACUGCGCCUCCAGAACCGUCCACCAUACAUGCCCAAAGAAGGCCGCAUGGUGUCGGACAUCGCCAACGCCUGGAAGAAUCUGGAGAAUGCCGAACGGGGAUUUGAAGACUGGCUGCUGUCGGAAAUGAUGCGUUUGGAACGAUUGGAUCGCUUAGCGCAGAAGUUCAAACGCAAGGCCGAUAUUCAUGAAGAGUGGUCGAAAGGCAAAGAGGAACUGCUUUCACGCAAUGAUUAUCGCAAUGCAACUCUUUCCGAAGUUCGGGCCUUGAAACGGAAACAUGAAGCGUUCGAAAGCGAUCUGGCUGUGCAUCAGGAGCGUGUUGAGCAGAUUGCGGCCAUUGCGGAGGAAUUAAAUAAACUCGGCUAUCAUGAUUCGCCGGCCAUCAACCAACGCUGCCAACGCAUUUGCAGUCAUUGGGAUCGUAUUGGAUCCCUCACUGUACAACGACGCCAGGGCAUUGACGAAGUGGAGAAGGUUCUGGAACGUGUUGACACCUUGCAUUUGGAUUUUGCCAAACGAGUGUCGCCUUUCAACAAUUGGUUGGACGGUGCGCGAGAAGACUUGGUUGAUAUGUUUAUCGUCCACACGAUCGAAGCAACUCAGGGACUGAUCAAUGACCAUGAAACGUUCAAAACCACCCUGGUGGAAGCCGACAAAGAGUUCCGUACGCUGCUUGGUUUGUUUCAAGAAGUGCAGCGCUUCGCUCAACAGCACAACAUCCCCGGCGCCAUGGAGAAUCCCUAUACGAACAUGACAGCACAGGAAGUGACCAACAAAUGGAAUGAGGUCCGACAGUUGGUGCCGCGUCGCGAUCAGGCCUUACAACAGGAGAUGAUGAAGCAGCAGCAGAAUGAACGCAUCCGUCGGCAGUUUGCGGAGAAAGCCAAUGUGGUUGGUCCGUGGAUUGAAAAGCAGCUGGAUAUCGUCGCGUCCAUCGGCAUGGGUGUGCACAAGUCGUUGGAGGAUGCCCUUGGUAAACUGCGAGCCUGCCGAACUGCGGUGGAAGCGUUCCGGCCACAUAUCGAUGAACUGGAACAGUACCAUCAGGCCGAGCAGGAAGCGAUCAUCUUGGAGAACAAAUACACCAAAUAUACCAUGGAAACGUUGCGAGUAGGAUGGGAACAGCUGCUGACGUCCAUUAAUCGCAAUAUUAACGAAGUGGAAAAUCAGAUUCUUACGCGAGACUCGAAGGGUAUUACGAGUGAACAGUUGAAUGAAUAUCGACUGUCCUUCAAUCAUUUUGAUAAGAACCGUACCGGACGCUUAACGCCGGAGGAAUUCAAGGCGUGCUUGCUCAGUCUGGGACAUAAUGUCAGGAACGAUAAACAGGGAGAAACCCUUUUCCGUAAAAUCAUGUCCCAAGUGGAUCCAAACAUGACCGGCUACGUGAAAUUUGAAUCUUUCCUGGACUAUUUCACGCGUCAAGCAACGGAGACCGAUUCAGCUGAUCAGCUUAUUGAAUCCUUCAGAGUUUUGGCUCAAGAUAGGCCUUAUAUAAUGCCAGAUGAUCUGCGGAGAGAACUCCCGCCCGAUCAGGCCGAAUACUGCAUUCGUAAAAUGCAGCCCUUCCACGGUCCUGGAGCACCACCGCAGGCCCUUGAUUACGGCUCCUUUGCCAGGACAUUAUACCAGUUUUAACUGCCCCCACUUUUAUCCCCCCUUGUAUUGUAUCCAUUUUUUGGCUGAGCAUGCUGAUUGUGAUUGCCUGGUUGGAGUUGGUGUGCUGGACAUUAUCCUGUUUUAUCGGUUAUUUUUCUUCGUUAUCAUGCGGGCUGGAUGGACGUUACACUGUGCGGUAUUAAUCAGAUUAUCACCAGUUUGACAUGGCAAUGCUCAUCCUGCGCGCGCCGGAUAUAUAUAUUUUAUUCAGAUGCCAGAUCAAGUGCCAUUAAAUUCUGCUUUAGAUGUUUUUUUUUUCAUUUUGAUCCAGCAUGUGUUAUUCAUUUAACUACGGAAUAUUGAGUUUUUAAACUGUUUAGGUUUUUUGAUGUUUUCCUCUUGGUGUUUGUGGUUUGCUUUCUCUGCCUGCCGGUUAGUUCCCAGGCAGUUGUGUUUUUGUUUAUUAUUUGGUUUUAUUGAUGCUUUUCAUCUGCCAUUUUGAUUAGUGAGUUGGCUUGCUAAAGCGGUAUUUGGGUUCCUGCAGCAAUUUCAGAGCGCUUUCCGGUUACUUGUUUCGCUGGUUUCUUUUACUUGGCCUGUUAUAUACUUGUGCUGGGGAACCUACGUCAGCAUGAUAUUGGUUGACAAAAAUAAUAAUUCUAUUACAACA